ACCAUCCAUCCAACCAUCGAUCGAUCACUUCCAACUUAUUUUCUUUAAGAGAAACAACAAGCUUAAGCUAGCUAGUUAGUCAUCUUGUUAAUUUUGGCCUCAAAUAGGUCUAGAAUUCAUCAAGAACACGAGCUAGCUAGCUGCACUGUCUCGCUAUAUAUAUAUAUACACUGCUCAUAUGGAGCUAGUGGUGCAGGCUUUGGCGGCCGCAGCUGCCCUCCUCGCCGUCUUCUUCCUCUCCACCUUAUACCUCUCGCCGGCGGCCACCGCGCGCCGCCUCCGCAACGCCGGCUUCCGCGGCCCGACCCCUUCCUUCCCGCUUGGGAACCUCCGCGAGAUCGCCUCCUCGCUCGCCUCCAACAACGACACCGACGAAUCCAACACCAAGGGCGGCGACAUCCACGCCGCCGUGUUCCCCUACUUCGCGCGGUGGCGGCGGGCGUUCGGCAAGGUGUUCGUCUACUGGCUCGGCACGGAGCCGUUCCUGUACGUCGCCGACCCUGAGUUCCUCAAGGCCGCCACCGCCGGCGCCCUCGGCAAGCUCUGGGGCAAGCCCGACGUGUUCCGCCGCGACCGCAUGCCCAUGUUCGGGAGGGGCCUCGUCAUGGCGGAGGGCGACGAGUGGGCUCGCCACCGCCACAUCAUCGCCCCGGCCUUCUCCGCCACCAACCUCAACGACAUGAUCGGCGUGAUGGAGGAGACGACGGCGAAGAUGCUGGGCGAGUGGGGCGACAUGGUGGCGUCGGGGCGGAGCUGCGUCGACGUCGAGAAGGGCGUGGUCCGGAACGCCGCCGAGAUCAUCGCCAGGGCCAGCUUCGGCAUCUCCGCCGACGACGACGACGCCACCGGCGCCAGGGUGUUCCACAAGCUGCAGGCCAUGCAGGCGAUUCUGUUCCGCUCCACCCGCCUCGUCGGCGUGCCGCUCGCCGGCCUCCUCCACAUCCGCGCCACCUACGAGGCGUGGAAGCUGGGGCGGGAGAUCGACGCGCUCCUGCUCGACAUCAUCGAGUCGCGGCGGCGCCGAGAAGGCGGCGGCGGCGGGAAGAAGAAGAAGAAGACGACGUCGAACGACCUGCUGUCGCUGCUGCUGGCCGGGAGCGAGGCGAGCGCGGGGGCGGAGAGGAAGCUGACGACGCGGGAGCUGGUGGACGAGUGCAAGACGUUCUUCUUCGGCGGGCACGAGACGACGGCGCUGGCGCUGUCGUGGACGCUGCUGAUGCUGGCGGCGCACCCGGAGUGGCAGGCGGCGGUGCGGGAGGAGGUGGUGGAGGUGGCCGGCCGGUCUGGCCCCCUCGACGCGGCGGCGCUGGGGAAACUCACCAAGAUGGGGUGCGUGCUGAGCGAGGUGCUCCGGCUGUACCCGCCGUCGCCGAACGUGCAGAGGCAGGCGCUGCAGGACGUCGUGGUGGUCGCCGGCGACGGCGAGAAGAAGGUGGUGAUCCCGAAGGGGACGAACAUGUGGAUCGACGUGGUGGCGAUGCACCGGGACGGCGAGCUGUGGGGGGAGGAGGCGAGCGAGUUCAGGCCGGAGAGGUUCAUGAGGGAGGGGGUGCAGGGAGGGUGCCGGCACCGGAUGGGGUACGUGCCGUUCGGUUUCGGGGGGAGGAUCUGCGUGGGGCGAAACCUGACGGCGAUGGAGCUCCGGGUGGUGCUGGCCAUGGUGCUCCGCCGCUUCGCCGUCGAGGUGGCGCCGGAGUACCGCCACGCGCCCAGGAUCAUGCUCUCCCUCCGUCCAUCCCAUGGCAUCCAACUCCGCCUCACCCCCCUAUGCUAGCUAAUUAAUCAUAUUAUUCAUAGUUAAUCACUCAAUUAUGUUUUGUUUGUGCAUGCAUGCAUGCAAAGGCAAAGCAAUGCAUCUGCAUGCGUGCGUGCGUACGUACGUAUACUGGUGACCAGUAUACAUGUAGUCGUAUAUACACUAAUACCAUGCAUGAAUUAAUACUAGCUAAAGCUUGAUGCUUUAAGCUUUAAGCUGAGCUGUGUCAUAUGAAUGAAUAAUUGAAUUGAAUCGAUCUGCCGGAUGGUUAUUAACUUA